GUGUGGUGCCGUGUGCAGACCGCGUGUGGCGCAGAGGACAGGGAGGAAACACACUUUCGGGCUCUGAGCCGUCGCCGUGGUGAUGAGCAGUAAUGACCGUUUCAGCUGUGGCCGCGGUGGUCACUGGGUGAAGAAUUAUCCGAGCGCCGGUCGGGCUCGAGGGAAAGGCCGCGGCAGAGGCAAAGAUCUGUUCUGUUACCGCUGUGGAAAAGUGGGACACGUCGCCAAAGACUGUGAGAGGACCGAGGACGCCUGCUAUAACUGUGGCAGGGGAGGUCACAUCUCCAGAGAGUGCGAGGAGCCCAAGAAGGAGCGAGAGCAGCUGUGCUACAACUGUGGGAACGCUGGACACAUGGCCCGGGACUGCAAACACGCCCACGAGCAGAAGUGCUACUCCUGCGGCAGCUUCGGACACAUCCAGACAUGCUGUGAGAAGGUCAGGUGCUACAGGUGUAGGGAGAUCGGCCAUGUUGCGGUGCACUGCAGCAAGUCAUCGGAGUUGAACUGCUAUAAAUGCGGGAAGUCGGGUCACCUGGCCAGGGAGUGCCCCAUGGAGACCACCGCCUAGCUGCCAGCCCCACCCCCAUCCUCUUUUAUCUCUUCUUACUUUCUUUCUCUUUAUUCAUUCCCUGUGAUCCUCCUCUUCUCAUUGGUCCAGAGGCCGUCAGCCAGCCUCGCAGCAGCCAGUCAGAGCAGGUGGGGGAUGCAGAAGGAGAAGACGCUACGAAACAUUCUACUGCAUUUCUGAAAGAGGCAACAAAAUUUGUGUUUUUAGGUUGGUAGUGGUGUCAUGAUGUACAAAGCUUUCUUUAAGAAAUCUUUCUGCACAGCUGAUUGGCUGAGAAGAUAGGGCCCUCCCCUCAUUUGUGGCAGAAGUUUCCUUCUUCUAUCAUGGUGAUUACCUUUCUUUUUCUGGACAAAACCCAGUUUGUCUGUAAGCAGCGAGAUUGGCUCCGACGCCAGCAAACCAGUCACCUCGCAGGUCUGGCCACAUUGUUGCCACGCGAGGAAUUAACAAGCCAAUCAGAGCAGGCCAUAGCAGACAACAAAAAGAGCAUUAUUAAUUAUUUUAAAGGUGCAUUUUGUUGCUGUUUGAGUGCCUCACUGAUGGAGGCAAAAACUACUAUUAUAAAAAAAUACAUAAAAAAAACAACAAUUUUAAGUUUGUAGAGAGGAGAAUGUUUUCACAAUAAAAUCCAAAUGCUAUUUUUGUACAAUAUAUCACUUAGAGCUACUGUAAAAAUGUAAUUUGGUUGUACUGCAGACUGUAAGUUUGACCUGUCAAUAAAAACAUGGAGGGGGAGGAAGAGGAGCCGAGACACA